AUGGAUUCUUUGAUGGAGCAAUCGGCAAGCGGACACGCCACGCCACCACCACAUACCCCCGCCAGCCAAGAGGCGCUGAGCAAUUGGAAUUCACUUGAAGAACGUGUAAAAGAACUCUCCGGCCCCUCUCAGGAUUCACAAGCCACAGCUUCGGCAAGCCUAGUCGAGGGGAUCCCGCGUACGUCGAGAAGCGACCGCUGGGCCACACUGCGACCCACCCCGAGCCUCACCCAAGUCGUCGCGACCAUCGUCGGCCAUGUCCUCCCAAGGAUCAACGAUCAGUGA